UCACUGGAGGCGUGGGAAAGGACACAACAGGCAAACGUAAGCGAAUCUAUCUGUAAAUUUUCCCCUUCUCUGCAACCGCUUCCUCUCGUUUCCAGGCAAUAAUGGAGUCGGUUGAUAAAGACCUUACAAAGAUGGUAGAGAAGCUCGAGUCAGAGAUAUUAGCCAAGAUUAAGUUCACUUCUUCACGUGUCAUUGAUCUAGACAGGCUCCUUUGUGAUACCUUUGUUAGACUGAGUCCCAAACCAAUUGAUUAUCACAAUAGGAGAGAUUUGAUUCGCAUCUUCAAUACCAUAGUGAAGGAAAUAUAUGGCAAUAAUGAUGACUCCCCUGUUGUGGAAGAGUAUGGAUCAUUUGUAAUGGAUAUGUUCGAUGAAAAAAGUGAUCUUGAUUUAUCUAUCAAUUUCAAUUAUUCAACUGAAGUUUCUCGGCAGAAGAAGAUUGCAACCCUUCGGAAGUUUAAUAAGAAAUUACAAUUAAUUCAAAGAAAAGGACAUGUUACUGGUUUAGAGUCUAUCUUGUCUGCCAGGGUACCAAUUAUAAAAGUUACUGACAGUGGAACUGGUAUUGAAUGUGAUUUAUCAGUUGAUAAUAGGGAUGGUAUUGCAAAAUCUCAUAUUAUCCAUUCAAUUUCUGCCAUAGAUGAAAGAUUUCAAAAGCUAUGUUUCCUGAUGAAAUCCUGGGCAAAAGCACAUAAUAUCAACUGUCCCAGAGACCGGACUUUGAGUUCUUUAUCUAUUGUAUCGUAUGUUGCUUUUCAUUUGCAGACUUGCAAUCCUCCUAUAUUGCCUCCUUUCUCUAUUUUACUUAAAGAGGGAGAUGAUCCUGCGUCUGUGGCUAAGGUUGCUAAAACUUAUUUUACCUAUGGAAAACAGAACAAAGAGUCAUUGGCUAAGCUCUUCAUUACCCUUUUUGUCAAGCUGGCAUCAGUUGAAAAUCUUUGGCAGAAAGGAUUUUGUGCCAGCUUAUAUGAAGGGUCGUGGAUUUUGAAGUCAUGGACACGCUCUUACUCAUUAAGUGUUGAAGAUUUCAUCGACAGGUCCCAAAAUGUUGCCAGAGCAGUUGGAAUUAAAGAGGUAAAGAUGAUCUACAGAUGUGUCCAUAAUACUCUUAACUACCUUGUCCAGUUUCUAAAUGGCCAGAGACAGGAAAAUAAUUUGUUGGAUGUUUUGUUUGAGAAACAUACGGUUUCUAGUCUGGGAGUUCAGGUUACUAGCAACAUAAGUGCACGUAUGAAUAACCUUCCUACAUUACAAAAUCCUCAUCCACCAAAAAAGAGGCGCUUAGUAAAAGAUUUAGUUAAAAAUCAAGUUCAGAUACCUAGUGAACAAAUAAUUGUCCAAGGCUUGCAAGGAACAGAAUCCAAGGGCGUGGGUUGGAGGCAGCAAGCCCUUGUUGAAACUUUACAUGUGCUUGCUUCUUGUACUCCCCCAGUUUCCCAUCCUCCUCUUCCUAUUCCUAGUGCAAAUAUUACAGUGAAUCAAAGUUACGGUCCAGGGCCUUAUAAUCCUUCCAUACAAUCUCAUUUUGUUUCAUCACAAAGUUCCCUAGGUUUUGUUGGUACAGUUCAUCAAAGAGCUGUAACUAAAAAUCCUAAUAUUGGAUCAAUUCAUUCACACCUUCCUCAAGUAGGCCAUAAUCGUAGAAAGCAUGCCUUUUACAGUCACAGGAAUAAUUAAUUGGAUCUUAUGGGACUGUUUUCUGUGGUAUAUAUUUGUCUAGUCAAAUCAAGAUUACAUUAACAAAUAAUUUAUAUCCAAGCAAUCAAUUAUCUUCUCUCCUCUCCCAUUAUUGUCUUCAGCUAAAAGCCUAGAAACUCCCUGAUUUCUUUGUUGUUCAAGGUUGAAAAUACAUUUUCCUAUUUAGAAGAGAAAAUUCCUUUCUAUAGCUUAAUGUUCGCUUUGCAUUACUGACGAAAAGCAGGUGAUGUAGCUUUUUACUGGCAUUUAUUUUAUGAAGACUGAAACUGUUUUGACAUGGAAAAAUUAGGUUAGAAAGUCAUAAUUUCUUUUUCUACUCUUGAACUAUUCAAGUAGAUAAAUAUUUUAGAUGGACAAAAUGAUAUUAGUAGAAGAAUAGCAAUUAAUAUUGUCUUGAACAUGGACAAAUAAAUUUGAACAAAAUUUUUCUUCCUUCUUGAAUGAUAAUUUGGAGAAGAGGUAAUAUUGUAUUUAACUUUAUGUGAAUUAUUUUUAUUUGUAAUUUUAUAUUUUAUUUGAUGUAUUUUUAAAAAAUAUUUUUAUAAUACAUUUAUGUUUUCUUAGUUCAUAAAAAAUAUUAGAAAAUAUUGUAUUUCAAUUAGAUAAAUUUAGAUACCGAUAAGUAUGCAUACAGAGAUUUGUGACCCAUUCCUUUAGUUGAUUUACCUCUUAACACAUGAUCAUUAAAGUCAGGCUUUUUUAUUAUUAGGAUAAGUGAGUUCUUAUAGAUUCAUUUUCUAAAAAAUUGAACAUUAUAAUUUUUUAUCAUCCAACUCAAGCACGAAUCAAACAUUUUGAACGUAUUUAUAGAACAAAUGCAUGUUAUCCACACUUAUAGAAAGAUUCUAUGUAAGAAAAUAAAGCUUAUUUUCUUCUAUAAGUCACAAUUAUCUUGUCUGAAGAAAAAAAAAUUGGGGUAUAGAAAAAUGAUAUUGUAUGUUAUCUAGGUACUAAUCCCUAAAUUGUUGUUCGGUAUUGUUUAUAUAUGUAAAUUUUAUAAUUUAAAAUUUAAAUAAAUGUGUCAAAAAGUAGGAUUAUUUUUUAUAUAUUGUAUUUAAAAAUUUUAUAUAAUGAAAUAUGAAUUUUUUAAAAAUAUUACAGAAAUAUAAUGUUUAAAAAUUGUUUAUGUCGAUUUUCAGUGUAAAUACAAAAGUUUAAAGAUAAAAAAACAUUUAAAUGAUAGUCUCAAAAAUUGACAAUAAUGAGUUU